AUGAUAACUUCAACGAAUUUCUCAUCUCUUCCGAAUGUUAUAGCUGAACUGUGCAAUCUACCUCUGAGGAAGGGAGUCCAAUGUCAUGCCUCAGCUUCCUACCGAUUCUGGUAUAAUGCUUCAUCCUCAAACUGCCAAGCGUUCGCAUUUGAAGGGUGCCAAGGCAACUCGAACAAUUUCUUGACUAUAGAGAGCUGCCAACAUGCUUGCGAUGGCGUUCAAGCUGAGGUGCGCUGCCCUCGUGGUGAAUCGCUAAAGGAUGGAAUAGCGUCCAAGCGCUGUUCAAUGCAUCUCAACUCGAACGAGUGCCCAACAAACUACGAGUGUUAUUUCGAUGGAACCGCUUACGGGUGUUGUCCCACCGCA